CCUCCUCCUCCUCUCCCUCCCUCUCCUCCCCUCAUCCUCCCCACCACAAUGGACGUCGUACUCGAGUAUGCAGACCACUACCUCCUCGACUCCCUCUACGCCUGCUGGGUGCCUGCUGACCCCCUCCACCCUACCUCUCCCAUAUCUGUACUCAACACCUCCUACCAAGAUCCAUACUCCUACCUCCCCAGUCCAGCACCGCUCGCGUCAGCGUGGGAGAGGGAUAACGUCUACCGUCAGAUCGUCUCUCUCACGGUCAUAACCAUGCUCGGCAUCCACAUCCUCUACUUCCUAUUCGCUUACCUCUCCUAUGCCUUCAUCUUCGACCACAGGCUCAAGUUCCAUCCUCGCUAUCUCCCAAACCAGAUCUCGCAAGAGAUUCGCUCAAGCGUGUCUUCCUUCCCGGGUAUGAUGGCGCUCAUGCUGCCCUGGUUCUUGGGAGAAGUACGCGGUUGGAGCAAGAUGUACGAUAAGGUAGAAGACUACGGAUGGACCUACCUCAUCCUCUCCGUUCCUAUCUUCCUCCUCUUCACGGACUAUAUGAUCUACUGGAUCCAUCGUGGACUGCACUAUCCCCUGGUCUACAAAUACGUGCACAAGCCGCACCACAAGUGGAUCGUGCCAACCCCGUUCGCCUCACACGCCUUCCACCCGCUGGACGGAACAGCCCAAGGCAUGCCCUACCACUUCUUCGUCUUCCUACUCCCGAUGCAACGACACCUCUAUCUCGCCCUCUUCAUCCUCGUCAACAUCUGGACCGUCAUAAUCCACGACGCGGACAUGCUCGUCGACCACCCUCUGCUGAGGUUCAUCAAUGGCCCUGCGCAUCAUACGCUGCACCAUAUCUACUUUACGGUCAACUAUGGCCAGUACUUCACCUGGGCGGACUGGGUCGGAGGCAGCUUCAUGCAGCCUGGGAAAGAACUCGAUCCCUUGAUCGCUUCGCUCGAGAACCAGAAGAAGCUGCAAGCGAAGGGGAAGAGCCAGUGAGCAUGGCCGAUCACCCGCACGCACGCACGUCUGGGUUACUACGGGGCUGUAUGGAUGAAGUAGCGCGUCGCUUGACGAAUCGGGAGGUUCAGGUUCUGGGAAAUCUGUACAUUUUUGUUGGAAAGAAAAAAACGCCCUCUCUACUCUCUACUCAUUCUCCGAAGGACUUUGUUUCGCAGUAGAUCAUCCCUUCCUAUACCCAUUACCCCCUUUCUCUGUUCAUUCACCCGCUUCACAUUUUCCCAUUUCAUGAGGCAGUUUAGGUCUUUCAGGGAAGCCGUCCCGAACAACGAAAUUAAUUGGGGUUUUCCUUCCAUCAAUUACUUGCUUGUCUCUACCUGAUCCCCAAGGCAAAUUGUCUUCCUAGUACUUACUGUAGAAGAAUAGGAAGAUGUCUGAAUUAUAGAUUUUUU